AAAUAGCCAUCAUAGUAAGUUUAAUUCAAUUUAUAACUUAAUUAUAAAUAUGGCUAAAUAUUUGAAUAAGAGAUGGAUACCGAAUAAGCUGAAGUGGACAUUGAAAUCGAUAGAAAAGAAUUUUCGUCGCUAUAAAAAUUCUGCCUUAUUCAUUCCUGGUAGCAAAAGCACACGAAGAAUUUUCAUAUCUUACAAAACACCACAAGCGUUAUUUAAUGAGCGCUUUGCUGAUAUAAAAAAAUUAGAAUAUGCGUUACAAUGUAGGAAUAUGAAUCUAAUAUCUAUCUUAAAACUGAAAGAAAAAUGGGAAUUUUAUAAAAAUAUUGAAACCAAUCGUCAAGAAAUAGAAAAGCAAAGAGAUGAAAUAGCAUCUAAAAUUAAACAAUUAAGUAAAGAAAAAGAGCUUAGUGAUGAUGUGAAACAAUCAAUUAAUGCUAUGAAACUUCAAGGAACAAUUCUUAAAAAGGAUUUAAAGAUUGUAAAAGAGACAUUGUGGGAGCUUGAGGAAUCUACUAUUAUUUCAUUAUUAAAUCUUCCUAAUGAGAUUGAUGAAAUGACUCCUCUAGAACCAGUUAUUCUACAAAGUGUAAAGUCAAUAUCGAAAGGAGCGAAAUUACCUUCCAAGAGUCACAUAGAUAUUGGAAAAUCACUACAAUUAGUAGAAUACAAGAAUCCCAUUUGUUAUUAUUUGACAAACGAAGCUGCUCUGUUUGAAAUAGGAUUAUUAACAUGGAUUGGACAAAUUCUCAAUAACGAUAAUUUUAUUCGAACUUCCGGAACAGAUUUUAAUUCUAGUUUUGUUAUCGAAGCAGCUGGUCUUGAUCAAGAAGAUCCGAAUAAAUCUUAUAUUCUAGAAAAUUUACAUCAUUUAUCAGAUGAUAAGAUCUCUCUUAAUAAAUUACAUUUAAUAGGAGGGGCAAGUUUUUUUGCUUUCCUAGCAAUGCAUACAAAACAGCUGAUAAAUCCAAAAACUUUACCAAUAAAAUACUAUGCAUCAGGAAGGCAAUAUAUACCCAAGCACAAUACUGAUUCUAACGCUCUAGGGCUCUUUGGAGUUAAUCAAGAAUCUGUUGUUCAUUGUUUUGCAGUAGUCAAAGAUAAAGAGUCGAGAGUAUCAAGAUAUUUUCAGCAAAUGAUAAAAACUGUUUUAAAAAUUUAUGACGAAAUAGGAAGACAUUAUCGAGUUGUUUUAAAGCCUGCUUGUGAUCUAAAAGUUUAUGAAAGUCUAAAUAUUUCUUUUGAACUUUGGUCAAGAUCUAAACAAGAUUAUGUUGAAGUUGGAAAUCUCUCCAUGUGCGGAGAUUACUGUAGUAAGAGAUUAUUGAUUGCUUAUCAAACUCCAACGAGUAAAAGAAUAGCAUGAUUAAUCUGGUCUAUUUUAUCGAUUCCUAAAUUGUUAGGAUGUUUAUUAGAAGAAAAUGAAGAUCAAUUUGUAAUUCCAGAAUGUGUUAAAAAAUUUAUGCCACUUGAUGAUAAAAAUAGUUCAAAUAUGUGAAUAAAAUUUAAGCAUCAUUUUUUUUAUUAAAAAAAAUCAAUAGAAUAAAAUUCUUUGAUUUAACUAUUUCUAUAGAAAUUUAUUCAACCGUCUUUUUUGCUUCACUAUUUAGAGAUUCUGUUGUUUUUACUUCUUAUUGAUAGAAAGAAAAAUUAGAGUCAUAAUGGACUAAGACACGAUAAUGAAUUUCAUUUUUUUUUAUUAUCUUUUUUUUAUUUUAUAAGCCUCGAAGUAUUACAGAACAUCUUGUUAAUUUAUUUGUAGAGCUUUCGAUGGAAAAAAUCUUUUGUCUGAAUCAUAAUUAUUUUUAUUCACUUUUCGUUGUGUUUAGUCCAUUGUAAUACUUAAUUUAAUAAUUACAAUAAAUUUUGACCUGCAUAAUAUUCAUUUGUGAUCAGAAAGAUUGUAUUAUGUGUGAGAAGUUUUUUUUCUGUUAAAAGGAUCGUUGAAAAGAUUAGAAACAAUGAGAAAAUUAAUUAGAAUCGACUGCGUGUAAUUCAUAUUCACAUGAAGAUAGAUCAGUACAAAAAAAAUGAGUAAUAAUAAAAUACUUAUGGAUACUCUACGAUAAAAAAAUAUACAUCGUCGAGAAUUCAAAAAGUGAAGUUUAAAACAAUAUAUGGUCAUUGCUUUGAUAUAAUUUUGAUGAAGGGUAUUAAAACUUUGUAGUUUGAUAAUUAAAAUCGUAGAGUAAAUCUGUAGUAUGCUUGGUGUAAUUACUGAUUGCUUUUGACAGUUUUCUGUUUAGACUACGAAGUGUUUAAGUAUUGACAAUUACAUACUAUAGAAAAUAUUUCAACUUAUUUGCUGGAUGAUGAAGAUUUUUUUUUUGCUAGAAAAUUCUGAUGCUUGUAAUAGAAGAAUCGUGACAUUAAAAGUUGUUGAAACCAAAAGUGUUGACUGUGAAGAAUGCAUAGUAAUCCAGUUGUUUGAAGUUCUCUAAACUGUCUUCCAAGAUGCUUACUACUAUAUAAUUGGAUUGCAUUAAUUAAACGCUCAAGGCAAAGGCACUUAGAUCAUACAGGCCUCUUGAUAUCAGCCAAGUUUUGUAUCCAAUUUAAGCAGAUUCGAAUAGAAGCUUGUAAACUAUUCGACUUUACAUGAUAUCAAUAGACAAUUUUUUGAUGACUUAUUUUUCCUACAUUUGUUCAAAAAUUAAGAUUAAUUUUUUUUUAUCAAGUUAAUUUUAAAGUUCAAGUAAUAAUUCAAUAUAUUAUUCCGAAAAACUUUUUAAUUUUACAAAUAAGAAAAAAAAAUGUUUAGAAAUAUUUAGAAAACUAAAUAAGUUCUUCAGUGUGUCAAAUGAAUUCAUGAUUGAAGUUUGAAACAAAAACUUUUUAUCCAAGUCUCAGUUUACUUUGAAACCAAUGUUCGUGAAUUUCAAGAGAUAACAUUUGAAAUAUAAAUCAUGGUAAUUGAAAGCAGCCAAAAUUUAAUGGUUUACCUUUGGAUUCCGGAAUAUUAUCCAAUUUUCUAUUGAUACGUGAAUUGAUAUAGUAUUAUUGCGUUGAAAAUUUGCAAUAGUACUAAAGUUUAUUGCUUUAAUAAUUCAAAUUUAAUUGUUGGAUUACUUGAAAUUUUUGUCAUUGACAAUUAGCAUUCAGUUAGAUAUUAAAUGAGGAAUCUU